CCUUCCUGCCCGCGGCGUCCCGGCCCGCCGCCCGGAGCAGCCAUGCUGAGCGCGCGGGCCUGGCUGUGUCGCGGCUUCCUGCUGUCCCGCGCCGGGCCGGGGCUCGCUGCGAGCCGCAGGUCCAAGAGGUUGGGGGAGACUAACCUGACAAGGAGCCCCCAAUGAGCCACCUUUCCUCACCCCCCAAAAAACAUAAGGGGGAGCACAAAGGCCACGGUCUCCCCCGUGGUUCAGAAAGGGGGAGCUCCUCCCGGGACAAGGACCGGAGUGCAUCGGUCAGCAGUUCUGUGCCCAUGCCUACUGGAGGGAAGGGGAGCCGGACCAACUGCUCCCAGCCUGCACCCCAGAGAGCCCCCAACCGCCUGAUCAAUGAGAAGUCACCGUACCUCCUGCAACAUGCCUACAACCCUGUGGACUGGUACCCCUGGGGACAGGAAGCCUUUGACAAGGCCAAGAAAGAAAACAAGCCAAUUUUCCUCUCAGUGGGGUACUCCACCUGCCACUGGUGCCACAUGAUGGAGGAGGAGUCCUUCCAGAACGAGGAGAUAGGCCGCCUGCUCAGCGAGGACUUUGUCAGCGUGAAGGUGGACCGGGAGGAGAGGCCAGAUGUGGACAAGGUGUACAUGACCUUCGUGCAGGCUACCAGCAGUGGUGGGGGCUGGCCCAUGAACGUAUGGUUGACUCCCAGCCUCCAGCCCUUUGUGGGGGGCACUUACUUCCCCCCUGAGGACGGCUUGACCCGAGUUGGCUUCCGCACACUGUUGCUGAGGAUACGGGAUCAGUGGAAACAGAACAAGAACACCCUGCUAGAAAACAGCCAGCGAGUCACAACAGCCCUGCUGGCCCGGUCGGAGAUCAGCAUGGGUGACCGCCAGCUGCCACCCUCCGCCGCCACCAUGAACAGCCGCUGCUUCCAGCAGCUGGAUGAAGGCUAUGACGAGGAGUACGGCGGCUUUGCUGAGGCCCCCAAGUUCCCCACGCCAGUGAUCCUGAGCUUCCUGUUCUCCUACUGGCUCAGCCAUCGAAUAACCCAGGAUGGCUCCCGGGCCCAGCAGAUGGCCUUGCACACCCUGAAGAUGAUGGCCAAUGGGGGCAUCCGGGACCACGUAGGGCAGGGCUUCCACCGCUACUCCACGGACCGCCAGUGGCACAUCCCGCACUUCGAGAAGAUGCUCUAUGACCAGGCACAGCUUGCAGUGGUCUAUUCACAGGCCUUCCAGAUCUCUGGUGACGAAUUCUACUCCGAUGUUGCCAAAGGCAUCCUGCAGUAUGUGUCUAGAAGUCUGAGCCACCGGUCCGGAGGCUUCUACAGCGCAGAGGACGCUGACUCACCCCCAGAGCGGGGCGCACGGCCCAAAGAGGGCGCCUACUACGUGUGGACGGUCAAAGAGGUGCAGCAGCUCCUCCCCGAGCCCGUGCCGGGUGCCACCGAGCCACUGACCGCAGGCCAGCUCCUCAUGAAGCACUACGGGCUCACGGAGGCCGGCAAUGCCAGCGCCAGCCAGGACCCUAAGGGGGAGCUGCAGGGCCAGAACGUGCUGACCGUCCACUACUCGCUGGAGCUGACCGCCGCCCGCUAUGGCUUGGACGUGCAGGCUGUGCAGACCUUGCUCGAUACGGGGCUGGAGAAGCUCCUCCAGACCCGGAAACACCGGCCGAGGCCGCACCUGGACACCAAGAUGCUGGCGGCCUGGAACGGUCUGAUGGUGUCUGGCUAUGCUGUAACCGGGGCUGUCCUCGGUCUAGAGAAGCUGGUCAACUACGCCACCAACGGGGCCAGAUUCCUGAAGCGACACAUGUUUGACGUGGCCAGUGGGCGCCUGAUGCGGACCUGCUACGCGGGCUCGGGGGGGACCGUGGAGCACAGCAACCCGCCCUGCUGGGGCUUCCUGGAAGACUAUGCCUUCGUGGUGCGGGGCCUGCUGGACCUGUACGAGGCGUCGCUGGAGAGCGCGUGGCUCGAGUGGGCUCUGCGGCUGCAGGACACACAGGACCAGCUCUUCUGGGAUUCCCGGGGUGGUGGCUACUUCUGCAGUGAGGCUGAGCUGGAGGCUGGCCUGCCCCUGCGCCUGAAGGACGACCAGGAUGGUGCAGAGCCCAGUGCCAACUCCGUGUCGGCCCACAACCUGCUCCGGCUGCACGGCUUCACGGGUCACAAGGACUGGCUGGACAAAUGUGCAAACCUGUUGACCGCCUUCUCUGAGCGCAUGCGCCGUGUCCCAGUGGCAUUGCCCGAGAUGGUCCGCGCCCUCUCGGCCCACCAGCAGACCCUCAAGCAGAUUGUGAUCUGUGGCAGCCCCCAGGCCAAGGACACCAAGGCCCUGGUGCAGUGCGUGCACUCCGUCUAUGUCCCUAACAAGGUACUGAUCCUGGCUGACGGGGACCCCUCGAGCUUCCUCGCCCGCCAGCUGCCCUUCCUGAGUACCCUGCGGCGGCUGGAAGACCGGGCCACUGCCUACGUGUGUGAGAACCAGGCCUGCUCCAUGCCCAUCACCGAGCCCUGCAAACUACGGAAGCUGCUACUCCAGUGACUGCCCCGACCCCCUCAGGCCGGGGUGGAAGGCCGAGCAUCCCAGCUCACCAGAACCUGUGGCCAUUCUCGCUGUUCCCCCACGGGCACCCACACACCCUGGAAUAAACCUAACAGUGUCCCGCGGUGACCUCAGGGCCUCGGCCUCGCUUGUGCGGGAGGGGCCUGGGUUCCAGCCUAGGAGCCCCCAGUGGAUUCUGCCGCCAUCUCCGUCUCGUCCUUUGCCUUCUAGUGGUCACUAGGCUGCUCCCCACCCUCCAUGGUCAUAGCAGCCUGAAGGAAACUGAGGCCAGAGGAUGACGAGCAAACACAGAAGAACAAGAUGGGGAUGGGAGUGGGGACUGGCCUGCGAGGAAGAAAGACCAACUGUCCCCUUCAAGGCUGUGAAGGGGGCCUGCCCGCCUCUCCCCAUCAUCUCCUCCUGUUUUGAGCUGGUUAAGGGGCAGGGGGAUAGGACUGAUUUAGAUGAGCUUUCAUUUUUUCA